AUGCAGUACGGCCUGCUGGUGGCUGCUGGGAUAGCAUGCUCUUGCUGGGUGGUUGUGGGGGCCUCUCUGUUCCUCUCUAAGAGGGUGCGUUGCUUUGGGGUUCUGUUUGUGCUCUCCUGUGGGAUGAGGCAGGGCCGGAACGUUCUCAUCACCGCUGGGACCAGUUUGGUGGUUCUCAAGAACGUCCAGAACACACUGGAGAACGUCACAGGGCUCAGUAGGAGUAUGGUGUGCAACCUGCAGGCCAAGAGGGUGUCCAUCAACAUCACACCGCUCUGUAACUACAUCAAGAUGUUGAGAUGGGUCGGUGAUGUACUCAGAACGUUCACAGACUUCGGGGUGGCGGAGUUGGUGUCUGAUCUGGAGGUCACAUCCAGAGGAGACUCUGAGAAGUUCAUGGAGAAGCUGGUUGGAGCAGAGAGGACUCUGAAUGGAACUGCAAAGAGCAUCUGGGCCGCGGUGGACACGAUAUCCUCUGUAGGUCAGAGACUGUUCCCUGCCUUCAACUUCCUCCUACUGAUGGGCUUCACAGUGCUGCACUUGAGGAGAUACCGCCACAACAAGAAAUAUGAAAACAUGUACAUAACCAGGACGUUCAUUCAUUUUGAUGAGAAGCAGAAGGCAGAAGGAAGGCCUCCAGUGCUCCCCCUCACACCGAAGGAGGCUAGAUGCUACAUCACCAUCCCUUCACCUCGACUCAGUGCCAUGGAAGGGAAAUUGUUGUUUCAGGAAGACAUGACCGUUGUUGGUGUCAUCAUUUCAGAGGAGAUCGACAGGAGGGAUUUCUCCUACCAGGUGUCCCUCUUUGAGAAGAGUUGCCUUCCUAAACCUAGACUACUACUCUAUGACUCCAUCCUGCCCCUGGUUGUGUUACUAGCUGCCCUUCUCAGCAUGGCCCUGAUGUCUGCCAAGCUCACACAGAUCAGGCUCAUGGUGUGUGAGCAGUUCUUCUCCACUAACGCUGAGGAGAGGGUGGAGUUUCUGCAUGCUAAGAUCCUGAAGAAGAGAUCAAGAAAGGAAGGGAAAAGGAAAGCUCAGGAAAGCAGUCUGAAAUCCCUCAUCAAGAAGGUCUGUAUAAUCCAGAGAUCAUUGAGAAACACUGAUGGAAACCUUAGAAUGGUAUAAUACUGUAUAUUACAUAGAUUUUCUUAUGUGGCCUACAGCGCUGAACAUUGUCAUAAUUUGUCCCAGGGAAAAAGUGCAGAGUCAUUUCUCAGUAAGACAAUAGAUACAGUAUAUGUAUGUUACUAAUGUACUGUUUGAUUAAUCCAUACUUUCUUCAUCAGCCAGAUUUCUGGUGUCCAAUACUCUACAGACCACAGGAGGAUGACUCCUUUCACCAAGCAAGCUAGACUUUAUGCUGCCACAGGAAGAAGUGAGACACACCUUUUUUUGUUGAAAAUGUGAAUUAUGUAACUCGUUACAUUAUAUAACAACUUUAAUCUAGACUAAUGACAUGUUGUCACUGUAAAUAGAUACAGUAUUUCAGUUUGUUAAUUAAAGUACCUGUAUAAAUAAAGGUAAAACAAUUGUUCUGAUACUAAUAAAACAAAUAAAGGUUAAAUUAUGGUUACCAAGGUUUCCAAGCAACUUUUUGAAGCAAUAUAAUGUGAGAUGUAAAUAGUUCAAACAAUGAAUAAUUGGGACAAAAUGACACUUCAUUUUAAAGAAUAAAAACACCACAAAAACAGCCUUCAAUCAUAGUAACUGAGAUAUAAACUUCUUGUAUCUCUAUGUCAUGUCUUUAACUUCUGCAUAUUCUUCAUUGUUACCAUGCCUAUGGAGUUUGGAUGAUCAUAAGUGCACAGGGUAAUUGUCUGCAAUGAGAACACAUAGAUCUGCAAAACAUGAUAUCUGUUUCAGUUGUUUAAUGUCGAUGAAAAACGACAGGGACAGUUUCGCUAACAUCAUCACACAAACCAGACCUUCCCUAAAUGUGCACGCCCCUAUUCAGCUCCCAUCAUGCACUUGGUGUUUAGUCACACUCCAUUAGCAUUAUAUCCAGAUGCCAUAAUGCUCAUUUACCACAGUGAUUCUAGUGGGUCCUGACAGUGAUACAUCCCCCUUCACAGGAUGCUGACAGUCAGUCAGGAGACGUACCCCUUUAUGCUUCUGUAAUGUUGAAAUAUGAUGUUACAUUUACCAGAUUAUUUUGUCUCAAGGUAUUUAGAGUUGGGUUCGAAAUGAUUGACUACCUUGAUAAAGAUGUGCAAAAAUGACUGCAUAAAAUAAAUAAUUCAAAUACUGAGCUAUAUUGUAUGCUCAAAAAAAUUGGGAAAUUAUAUUAUUUUAUACUUAUACAAUUGCUGAGUGAACGAUUUUGUUUAACAAGUAAUAUUCGUUUUUUCUCAAAGAGUUAUUGACACUCCUGUUUUCAAUACCUUUCAAUACCUCACCUUGCGAAAAUAACGGCACUGAGCCUUUUUCCAAAUUCCUUAAUA